AUGGCAACUCUCACUGACAUAGCACGCAUACUCACGCCCUCAAGAGCAUCUCGUUCUGCGUGAAACCCCCAGAUGCUUAUAACUUCUCAGACCAGGCCAAGUUACCAUUUCAUGGAGACUUGAGGCACAGGAGCCCAGAAAGCCGUCAAGCCCCCCUCCCUUCGGCGACACACACAAACACACAACACAUAUACCAUCUCGCAAUGGCGGCCGACCCCGCAACCGAAGUGAAGAAGCCGGCCCGGCUGCCCUCGCAGACGCACCACGUCAUCGUCAAGCUUGAGACAAUACACGUGGCCCUCCCCGACGUCGACAUGGGCUCCAUGACGCACGAGACCAUCGGCUACGAGUACACGCGGCCCUCGGAGGCUGGUGUCGUGGCCGCGAGGGCGUGGCCCGCGAGCGUGCUUGUCACGACGACGGUGCCGAUCAACAAGGACACGCUCGGGGAAGCACCAUACCUGAAGUGCGUCAUCACCGAGACGACGGGGACGGAUCACAUUGAUCUGGAGGAGUGCAGGCGGCGCGGGAUCACCGUCAUGUACGCUCCCCACGCGACCGUCGAGGCCGUGUCCGAGCACGCCCUCGGCCUGUACUUCUCCGCACGCAGGCGCCUCGUCACCCUGCACAACACAAUGAUGGAUCACGACGGCGCGCGCACGAACCCCUGGCGCGCCAAGGGGAGCAUGUCCUCCCUCCUCUUCGACGCCGAGGGCCGCCCGCCGCACACCUGCGGCAACGAGGUUGCGGGCGUGAUCGGCUACGGGCCCAUCGGGCAGCGCCUUGCCAAGCUGUGCGGCGCGCUGGGCAUGGAGGUCCUUGUUGCCGCCCGCAAGGACGCCACCGCCGCCGCCGCCGCCGCCCCCCGCGUCCCCUUCGACGAAGUCCUCCGCCGAGCCACGGUGCUCUUCCUCGUCGUGCCCCUGACGCCGGACACAAGGGAUCUCAUCUCGGAACGGGAGCUGGCGCUGAUGCGUCCCGACGCCGUGGUGGUCAACGUCGGGCGCGGCGGGACCGUCAACGAGGCGGCGCUACUGGCGGCGCUCAGGGCCGGCGGGAUCGCGGGCGCAGCGACGGACGUGUUCGAGGUCGAGCCGGCGGGCAGCGGACGGGACAGCGUGCUGCUGGGCGAGGGCGCGCGAGGCGUCAACCUGACGCUGACGCCGCACCUCGCAUGGUGCGCUGAUCAGACGAGGAUGAACAUCCGAAGGGUGGUGGGGGAGAACAUCGCGUUGUUCGUAAGCGGUGAGAAGGGGACUAAUGUCGUGCUGGAUAUGAGGUGAGAGACGGGUCUAAGUGAAAGGGUGGGGGGCUGAGGGUGUCGGGAGAUUUUUGGCAAAGGUAAUUACAUCCGUCACAGACGAGAUGUGGAUGGGGUUUGCGAGCAGCCCAUAUUGCCAAGGAGGCCUGACCAUGACCAUGUUUUCAGAGCCUGUGU